GCCGCCGCGUUCCGCUUCUGUCCGGUCUCCUCCGGCUCCACAACCCGGGCCUCUGACUGACGGCGCCAUGGAGGAGAAGGUGGACUCCACCACUGCUCCAGACGGCUCGUGCGUGGUGUCGGCACAGGAGACCGAAAAGUGGAUGGAGGAGGCAAUGCGGAUGGCCAAAGAAGCACUUGAAAAUACUGAAGUUCCUGUUGGCUGCCUUAUGGUCUAUAACAAUGAAGUCGUGGGGAAGGGAAGAAAUGAAGUGAAUCAAACAAAAAAUGCUACGCGACAUGCUGAAAUGGUGGCCAUUGAUCAGGUCCUGGAUUGGUGCCAUCAACACAGCCGUCGUCCUGCUGACGUGUUUGCACACACCGUGCUGUACGUCACCGUGGAGCCGUGUAUCAUGUGUGCAGCUGCUCUCCGCCUCAUGAAAAUCCCGCUGGUCGUCUAUGGCUGUCAGAAUGAACGGUUUGGUGGUUGUGGUUCCGUCCUAAACAUCGCCUCUGCUGACCUACCCAAUACUGGGAGACCAUUUCAGUGCAUCCCCGGAUACCGUGCUGAGGAGGCCGUGGAGCUCCUAAAGACCUUCUACAAACAAGAAAACCCAAAUGCACCAAAAUCAAAAGUUCGGAAAAAGGAUUGUCAGAAAUCCUGACGUUCUGAUGAAAGCCUCGUGCCCUUGGGAGACCUGCACGGAAUUCCCAACCGACCGAGAGCCGUUGGCUUCGCUGGCCGUGUUUAUAUGUUGUUGUUUCUGUGUGGGAAAACGGUAUCUCUCGUCAUGUCAUUUGCUCUGUUAAGGGAACAAAUGAGCGCUUCUUAAAGUCUGACAAAUGUAAACAGCUAUUAGCUCUUCCCAAGCUGAAAGAGUGUUUCCGGAAGGGGAAGAGGAAUCCAGGCUUGAGGUCAGAGAUCAGCCACAGCUUCAGCCCCAUCUUAAUGAAGCUCUUCGUGGGCUGGGGCGAUGGCUGAGUGACAAAGUACUUGCCGUGCAAGCAAGAGGCCUCAGUCCCCAGCACCCAUAAAUGCCAGGUGGGCUUGGCGGCCUGCCUGUAACCCCAGUGCUUAGAAGGCAGAGUUGGGCUUCCAAGAUCCCAAAGCAAGCUACUAAUUAGGUGAGCCCUUAUCGGUGAGCUCCAUGUUCAGAUGAGAGAUCCCACCUCAAUGAGUGAAGAGUGAUUUGGAGGACCCCACAAUGCACCCCCAAGCACAAGUACAUACACAUUGACACCACACAUGCACAUGCAAGAAAGCAAACAAACAAAAAGACAAGUCUUCGGAAGAUUGAGCAAGACCCACAGAGGAAGAAGAAGGAAAGAAAGCCUUCAACUUUUUGCUGAGUGUAUUCAGACCCAUGGGGACCUGGGCUCAUGCUAGUUUGUAAUGAGACUGUAUAUAUGCAUAUGACCACGCAUGUUGGGGGUUCGUGUGUGGGUGUGGAAGCAAAGGACAAUCCCAGGUGCCUUUCCUUUCCUCAGAUUUAGCUGUCCUCCUCUUCCUGCUGUCUGCCUUUCUCUCUCUCUCUCUCUCUCUCUCUCUCUCUCUCUCUCUCUCUCUCUCUCUCUCUCUCUCUUUCAGGAUAGGUUUCUUACUGGCUUGAAAUUUACUACUCAGUUAAUACCUGGCCGGCUGACCAGGAAUGCGCAGGGUUCCACCUGUCCUCUAGUGCAGGAGUUACAGGCGUGCACCACUACUCUCUCCCUUCCCCUCCUUUCUUGUAAACGUAAGUUUUGGAGGUUGAACUCCAGUCCUUCUGCCACUAUACUGACAGAUUUCUCUCCAACCCUACAACUUUUUUUAGAAGUACUUAGAUAAAAUGGAUGCUUUUAAAGGCAGUGCCCAAAGGUCAUGUUUGAAUCCUAGCAUAUUGCUACAAUAAAAUUUGUGUUCAUGCCUUCUUUGAA